AGCGGCAUUAACUUAAAGCAGUUUACUAAAAGGCUUUUGAGCAAGUCCAAUCCGUUAGUUCAUAGGAAGAUAUGGCACAUCCAAUAUGGCGGACACGCUGGCAUAUUGCAGCAGCUAACCAACGUGCUCAAAGAUACUCUUGUCUCUACGUUUCAACACAAACGCGAUCAUGUGAUUUCCUAUCUGGUGCCUUCAGGAAACAACAGAGUAAUCAGACCUCUUAAAAAUUCCACUAUCCCAAUACAAUGUAGUUAUUGCCGCUAAUGUGUAUUCCUGUACACCUCAUUUAAUAAUCCCCCCAAACAUAACCCUCUAUAGUUUGGCAUCAUCUGUAAAGUGUAUACUGCAUCUUUUUUUGACAAAUUGUAUGCAAGUUUUCCUUGUACAGCAGGUCUGUAAAUGCAGCGAUUGUACGACUACCGGUACUUCAAGCUUAGGUGUGAAGGUCCCGGGCAAAAUAGUACAGUAUGUGGAAUGUUUUCCACUGAAGGUAGCUGCAAUGUCUAUUAUUUUAUUUUACUUAACGUAAGCUUGUUUAAUUAUUUCGUGUUAUCUUAUGUCUAAUCAGUCCUAUGGUAACAGUUGGAAGUAUUAUUUUUUUGUCAUUGUCUUGGGUUCUUGUUGAGCUGUGUAAUGGGGUAUUUUCAUCCAAAGCAGUCGAAAGUACAGUAAGUCUGUUGAUUUUCAUGACAUAAUGUGGUUUACCUCAACAAGACACCGUCUCAAAAUCAUUCAGAAAGUGAAAGAGUCUAGAGAGUGGUACACCAAGAACCAGAAAGGCGACCAGGAAACAGCGUGCUGAGAUGAUAUUUGUCUUUUGGGCGCUGACGUCACUUUCCCGUGUUCUCUCAGCUUCCAGUGAACUUCCCCAACCAGUCAACGUGCGAAUCAUCUCAAUUAAUUUCAUUCAUAUGCUAACAUGGGCACCUGGACCAGGCACACCUAUGGAUAUUUACUACCAAAUCGGUAUCACUACAGAUGUGGGAACUGCCUGGGUCCCAGUGGCUGGCUGUCAGCAUGUCCAGUACCAACUGGUUUGCAAUAUGACAGAGGCCUUCUCUGAUCCAAGGCAGGUCUACAUAACCCAGGUUACAGCUAAGUGGCGAGCUCAAGCCUCUCGACCAGCGACCCACCCUGGGUUCCAGCCCAUCAAAGACACUCACCUGGACCUGCCGGUGGUGGCUGUGACUCCUUGUGGAAAAAAUCUGUGUGUGGACCUUCUGUCUCCAAUGCAGCAUCUGUGGGAGUUCUACAACUCACUCAGUUACCAAUUCAGGAUCGAGAGCAGCGAUCCAAGCAGAGCUCUGUUUUUUCAGAAAACCAAAUCUCUGAAUGGAACUGUUCUGAAGAACCUGGCUCCCAGCAGGCGCUAUUGCAUCUCCGUUCGAAUCUCCGACACCCUCGUCCCAAGGGAGUCCAACUAUAGCCAGCAACAUUGCGCCGUUACUCCGGGGAGUUAUCCUUCAGAAUCUGUGACCUCAGCUGUGUUGUGUGUUAUUUCCAUUGCCACCAUCGUCAUUGCGAUCCUUCUCGUCUAUACCGGAUUCCUCUGUCUGAGAAACAUUCGUAUGCCAUCCGUUCUGACAUCCAUCCAUCACACGAAAGAGGUCUGGGUUGUUGUGCCUCGCAAUGCAUCCCUGUCUUCCCUCCUAAUUAUGCCAACACUCCACUCCCCAUGGGAAGAGAAGGACUGUCAAUUAUCAGAUCUUUGGAAUACCGAAAGCUCUUCUGGAAACGGAAGUGGUUACAAAAUGCGUUUGGCCUCGGAUUUAUUGUGCUCGUCAGCUCUGUCACUUCCCGUCACGUCUCAGCCAGCGUCACUUCCAAACAACACUGCAAACCCCAAUUCUGUGUUUCCAUCCGUGGAUGUUUUUAGUCCCUUGCCCCAAGCGUGGAUUUGGGAUGCUGCAUCCCAACAUUCAUCCACAAACGCAGCCUCGCUUUCUGACAAUCUCUCGAACUCAGACUGCGGUCCAGUUUCAGACCAAGCCAGUUUUACGGCUGAGAGGUUACAUCCAAUUGAGGUGGAAAAUUGGGAGGUUGAAAAAGGGGACGAUCAAGAUGUUAACCUCCACUCUCUAAUUUUGGGUAGGUUUGUGGAGGUAGAGCAGAAAAACAUUUUGGACCAACGGAAUGCGGAUACCGUUGAUUUGCAGGAGCAUGACAGCAUUUCCGUGAUGCUGCCAGAAACUUGGGACGCCGAGGGUGCACACAUUGAAGGAACUUCCUGCUCUGAUGAUGAAGAAGAGCAGCAAGAUGAACAGUUUUUAUACAUGAGACGCCCGGUUUCUAUCUUAUAGGACACAGCGCUGGCUAUACAGAGCUGCUAAAUGUGACCGAUCAUCGGUAUUUUUUGACAGAAAUUGAACCGCUAAAGCAUUAUGUCCAUAACACUGAUUGUUCCAGAGGUUUGUUUGGGGGUUUUUUUGAUUUUUUUUUUUUAAUCCAGUGUCUCACAUUAAGGGUGGCCGGCGUGUCACAAUGGCGCCGUGUUGGCCCACCCACCAAAACGCUUCUCAGAUGCUGGCAGGUACAAAUUAGAUUCAGGAAUAUAAAAAAAUAUAAAUAUAAAUAUAAGAUGACCUUGUUUUGUCCAACAACAUUUACAUUGUUUCAACAGCAACAGCGGAUACAGGAAAUACAAAAAUGAGAAGCUAUUUGUACACUACACAAAAAAGGAACUGAAUCUAUCAUCCAUGCAUAAACAAAUCUGUAAUCUGUUUUAUUUUUUUAACUUAAAAAUAAAAGUGAUGAGUUUCAA